AGAGCCGGCGACCCUGCACCCGACUCGGCUGCUUUUCGCCCUGUGACCGCUCUGCCCCGCGCAAAGGAUGAGACUUCUGUGGUGUGUGAUGAGUCUCUGUUUCUGUGGGAUCCUGCAAAGUGAUGCCUCAGAACGCUGUGAUGACUGGGGACUGGAUACCAUGCGGCAAAUCCAAGUUUAUGAAGAUGAGCCAGCCCGCAUUAAGUGCCCACUUUUUGAACACUUCUUGAAAUUUAACUACAGCACAGCUCAUUCAGCUGGCCUUACGUUAAUCUGGUAUUGGACUAGACAGGACCGGGACCUUGAGGAGCCAAUUAACUUCCGCCUUCCUGAGAACCGCAUUAGUAAGGAGAAAGAUGUGCUCUGGUUCCGGCCCACUCUUCUCAACGACACAGGAAACUAUACCUGCAUGCUAAGGAAUACCACAUAUUGCAGCAAAGUUGCAUUUCCGCUGGAAGUUGUUCAAAAAGACAGCUGCUUCAAUUCCCGCAUGAAACUCCCCGUGCAUAGAUUGUAUAUAGAAUAUGGAAUUCAGAAGCUCACUUGUCCAGAUGUAGAUGGAUAUUUCCCUUCCAGUGUCCAACCCAUCGUCACGUGGUAUAUGGGUUGUCAUAAAAUAGAAGAUUUUCAUAACGUUAUGCCAGAUGGCAUGAAAUUGAAUUUUGUCAUUGCUUUGAUUUCAAAUAAUGGCAAUUACACCUGUGUGGUAACAUAUCCUGAAAAUGGACGUACCUUUCAUCUCACCAGGACUCUUACUGUAAAGGUGGUAGGCUCUCCAAAAGAUGCAAUGCCUCCUCAGAUCCAUUCACCCAAUGAACGUGUGGUGUAUGAAAUAGAACCAGGAGAGGAGUUACUCAUCCCCUGUAAAGUCUAUUUUACUUUUCUAAAGGACUCACGCAAUGAAGUUUGGUGGACCAUCGAUGGAAAAAAGCCCGAUGACGUCAAUCUUGAUGUAACCAUUAAUGAAAGUAUAAGUUAUACCAAAAUAGAAGAUGAAACAAGAACUCAGAUUUUAAGCAUCAAGAAAGUUACGGCGGAGGAUCUCAAGCGCAACUAUGUCUGUCAUGCUAGAAAUGCUAAAGGGGAAGUUGACAAAGCAGCCAAGGUGAAACAGAAAGUGGUAGCUCCAAGAUACACAGUGGAGCUGGCAUGCGGCUUUGGAGCCACAGUCCUGCUGGUGGUGAUUCUCAUUGUUGUUUACCAUGUUUACUGGCUGGAGAUGGUCCUGUUUUACCGAGCCCAUUUUGGAACAGAUGAAACAAUUAUGGAUGGGAAGGAGUAUGAUAUUUAUGUGUCCUAUGCAAGGAAUGCUGAAGAAGAGGAAUUUGUUUUACUGACCCUCCGUGGAGUUUUAGAGAACGAAUUCGGAUACAAGCUGUGCAUCUUUGACAGAGAUAGUCUUCCUGGGGGAAAUACAGUGGAAGCAGUUUUUGAUUUCAUCCAGAGAAGUCGAAGGAUGAUUGUUGUGCUGAGUCCAGACUAUGUGACAGAGAAGAGCAUCAGCAUGCUGGAGUUUAAACUGGGUGUCAUGUGCCAGAACUCCAUUGCCACAAAGCUCAUUGUGGUUGAGUAUCGCCCCCUUGAGCAUCCACACCCAGGUAUCCUGCAGCUGAAGGACUCUGUGUCUUUCGUGAGCUGGAAAGGGGAAAAGUCCAAACACUCUGGUUCUAAAUUCUGGAAAGCCUUGCGGUUGGCCCUUCCCCUCAGAAGCCUGAGUGCCAGUUCUGGCUGGAAUGAGAGCUGCUCUUCCCAGUCUGACAUCAGUGUGGAUCACAUUCAAAGAAGGAGAAGUCGUUUAAAAGAGCCCCCAGAGCCACAGAGCUCAGAGAGGACUGACAACGUUCCUCCCGCCACAGGCACAAUGUCCAAGCACCGAGGGAAGCCCUCUGCAGCCUGUCGCUGCUGCGUCACCUACUGUGAAGGAGAAAGUCACCUUAGGAGCAAGAGCCGGGCAGAGAUUCAGACCCAGCCCCAGUGGGAAACACACCUCUGUAAGCCUGUUCCCCAAGAGUCAGAAACUCAAUGGAUACAAAAUGGCACGAGAUUGGAACCCCCUGUUCCCCAGAUCUCAGCCCUUGCUCUUCAUCAUUUCACGGAUUUAUCCAAUAAUAAUGACUUUUAUAUCCUAUAAUGACUGAUGUGUGGUGGGUGGUGGCUGCUCUUUCGACCAACCCUCUUUGUGUCAUGAGCUUAUGGGAAUAACUUACGUUUUUAUUGUCUAAUGGACUACCAGGUUUGUGUCCCUCAUAUUGAUUUUAAAAACUAUUUAUUUCUAGGAGUCAAAAGACCUGAAGCACCUGAGUCCAGAGUUUUUGCCUCUAAUGGCCUCAGAAGAGAACACUCUUCUUGGGCCCUAGAAGGUCAGUAUGUGAAAGUCAUCUAAACGCUGAUCCUCUGUAUUGCCCAAUGGUUUGAAACUGUGCUAACGGUUUGAAUAUCUCUGAGUUUGUCGAUCAAUCUCAUGUUGAGAGCCAGUCAGGUAUGCUUGGGCUAGGACACUAACAGAGUUUAUUUCCCAAGGAGGUAUCCUAGAGAGGAAAAGGUUCUGGUGGAGGCUGUAGUGCAAAGCUCAUCAGGCGAUCUACAGCCCAUUCCCCCACGAAGAACCACAUACAUCCACCCAGGGACACGUGGUGUUCUCUGUCUCACUGUAAACAAAUGUUCUCUAAGCUCCCUGACAUUGUUAGCAUUAAUAAAGUUAUAUUUUUAUGUCAUUCCUUUUGUACUAAUAUGUUUGACCCCUCUCUCCCUUCUGAUUUUCUGUGUUUAUAUUCAAAUCUAAAAAUAUUGUAUUUCAGGAUAUUGAAAAUAUAGUUGACGUUUCAGGAUAGCUGAGUUAACUAUUUAGUUUCCUUUGAACGUGUGUUAAGAAAAACCUGGGAAUGGAUCAAGAGUAAGAGAGUUUAUCAUAAAGUGAAAGUUUAUCCAGAAAUGUUUAUUACUGGGAACUGGUGGCGCUUUGGGUGGAGACUGGUUCCUGAAAACCUUCCCAUUCAGGAGUCUGAGGAAUGAAAGUAGAUACCUAUAAGAAUCAGAAGGUAAGCAAAAACACAAAAAACCAGAAAGAGUCACAUACAAACAUAACAUACAUGUUUAUUUAGGAACAGUGUGCAAGCAUUGGUAAGUAUUGCUUUCCUACAAAUGUUUUCGCAAAAUUACAAAAGGCCCAUGGCGUUUGAUUUGAAGUCAAGGAUGCAAUAAGGAUCAUUGGGUUAAUACUUAACUGAAGUAACUGCACAUGCUUAGAAUCUUCAAAGGUUUCAGGCAAAAUGUAUAUUAUGAAAAACAAUGCGUUGAACUUCAAAUUUUCAUCCACCAAAAUAAAUGUAUCUUCAAUUGCAUUUUUUCAUGAUCUUCUUGAAGUAUUUUCAUGUAUGAUAGAAAAGAUGGCUUUUCUAAGCUCCAUUUUGCUUUUGCUACUGAUGUAGCACCUAUGUUGCCAGAUUUCCCAGCCUUUUCCACAACCCCUAAAAAUCCAGGAUUUUAUGCAUGCUCUGAGUUAUGGAAUGGCUUAAACUUAGAAGCACAAAAGCAAAACAAAGU